AUGAUUCUCUCAAUUAUAUUAAUUAUGGAUUUUCUGCGUAGAAUGAGUCUUGGACUUUUACCAAAAUUAAGCAAUCCUUUGGUUAUCCCUCACCCAACAUAUAUUUGUACACUUGUCCUUACUUUGACUGUUACAUUGGGUUAUGGCUAUAUUUUUGUUUAUAAAUUGGCUCUAUAUGGUUGUGAUAGGGCCGUAGAGGCAAGAGAUCCAUUACAAAUGACUUUGGAUUCAAUUCUAAGAUUAACAAUAGCCUUAUAUUCCUUGGUUUCCUUCAUUUAUAUAAUACAACGAGCUCAUGUUGGCUCAGUUAAUUCAAAAAUUGAUUUACUCACUAGAAAUUUUAUCAACUGUGUUUUUGGCAUUAUUUGGAUGCGUUUUGUUAUGUUAAAGGCUUAUUUUACUAUCGAACAAUUCUGUCGUGAUCAAAUUGAAAUGAUGUCUAUUGUUAAAGCCUUUUGCCCUCCGUAUAUGUUAAAAGGCUUCAAUUGCACAACUGUAUCUCUUCGUAAAGAACAAAUGAUAUGGUAUAGAGUUCAUUAUGGACUUCUCAAAUCAGUUGUAGUUACUGCUGCUUCAGAAUUUAUUCCUGUACUUUUAGUUGCUCAUUGGUAUUUUAGAAUCUAAAUUUUCAUUAAUUUAUUUGAAUUUUUAUGUUGGCAUGUGGUAGAGCUGAAUUGGUAGUACGAAAAAUGACUGUUAAAAUUAAUGUAAAAUUUAUGUUUUUGAGGGUAAAAUAAUCU